AUGCUGCGAUCCGCCGCCUCCUCCCUCCGCGCUCAACUCCCUCGAGCAUCUCGCUCGCUCGCGCCCUCCCGCACAGCCGCAGCGCGCUCGCUCGCCGCCCAGUCGACUCGCACGCCUCGGGUCGCCCUCCAGCGCCGUUCGUUCGCCGCCUCGGCGUUGAGGAGCGAUGAGGGAGGGAAGCCUCAACCGGUGCAGCCUCUCGCGGCCAAGUUCCCGCUCUCCGACGAGGACAGGACUCGAUUGACGAGGUUGAGGAACGUCGGAAUUAGUGCUCAUAUUGAUUCGGGCAAGACGACUUUGACGGAGCGUAUCUUGUUCUACACCGGUCGCGUCGCCUCUAUUCACGAGGUCCGUGGUCGGGACGGUGUCGGCGCCAAGAUGGACUCGAUGGAGCUGGAGCGUGAGAAGGGCAUUACUAUCCAGAGUGCCGCGACGUUCGCAGACUGGGAGGUCAAGCAGGCGGCGGACAAGGAGAAGGAGGGCAAGUACAGCAUCAACAUCAUCGACACGCCGGGUCACGUCGACUUUACUAUCGAGGUCGAGCGUGCUCUUCGUGUCCUUGACGGAGCCGUCCUCGUUCUCUGCGCGGUCUCGGGUGUUCAGUCCCAAACGAUCACCGUCGACCGCCAAAUGCGUCGCUACAACGUCCCUCGUCUCUCCUUCAUCAACAAGAUGGACCGCGCCGGCGCCAACCCUGAGCGAGUGCUCAACCAGAUCCGGCAGAAGCUGCGCAUGAAGGCGGCCAUGGUCACCAUGCCGAUGGGUGCUGAGGCUGACUUCGCUGGCGUCGUCGACCUCGUUCAGAUGAAGGCUGUCUUCAACGAGGGCGAGAAGGGUAUCACCGUUCGCCAGGACGAGAUUCCGGCAGAGUACGUCGAGGCGGCUAAGGCGAAGCGUGCGGAGCUUGUUGAGACGCUCGCCGAGGUGGACGACGAGAUUGCGGAUGCGUGGCUCGAGGAGCGGGAAAUCACGCCGGUUGAGAUGGCUAACGCCGUCCGCCGCGCGACGAUCGCCCUCAAGUUUACCCCCGUCUUCACUGGCUCCGCACUCGCCAACAAGUCCGUCCAGCCCGUACUCGACGGCGUCUGUCUCUACCUUCCCACGCCCAACGAGGUCCCCGCAGUCGCGACCAACAUGGAGGCGCCGCAAGACCCGCCUCAGACUCUCUCGCCGACCUCGAAGGCGCCGCUCGUCUCGCUCGCGUUCAAGCUCGAAGAGGGUCGCUACGGCCAGCUCACCUACAUCAGGGUCUACCAGGGCACGCUGAGGAAGGGCGCCGUCAUCACCAACGUCCGUACCGGCAAGAAGGUCAAGGUUCCCCGGUUGGUGCGAAUGCACUCGGACGAGAUGGAGGACGUCGACAGUAUCGGUGCUGGCGAGAUCUGCGCCAUGUUCGGUGUCGAGUGCUCGUCGGGCGACACCUUCUCGGACCAGCCUGGAGGCGGCGGUUUCACUAUGACCCAGAUGUUCGUCCCUGAGCCCGUCAUCUCGCUCGCCAUCCGCCCGAAGGGUCAGGAAACACCCAACUUUUCGCGCGCUCUCAACCGUUUCCAGAAGGAGGACCCGACCUUCCGCGUCCACGUUGAUGCCGAGUCGCAGGAGACCAUCAUCUCCGGCAUGGGCGAGCUCCACCUCGACAUCUACGUCGAACGCAUGCGCCGCGAGUACAACACCGAGUGCAUCACCGGCAAGCCUCGCGUCGCCUUCCGCGAGACCAUCACACAGGCCGUGCCGUUCAACUACACCCACAAGAAGCAGUCGGGCGGUGCUGGACAGUACGGAAAGGUUGUCGGCCGCCUUGAGCCGAUGGAGAUGGACCCCGAGACGGGCAAGGACACGGCGUUCGAGAGUGUCGUCAUCGGUGGAAACAUCCCGACUGGCUACAUCCCCGCCGUUCAGAAGGGAUUCAACGACGCUCUCGAGCGCGGUAUCCUCACCGGUCACCAGAUCUGCGGUGUCAAGAUGGUCCUCGAGGACGGAGCCGCCCACCAGGUCGAUUCGUCCGAACUUGCUUUCCGUCUCGCUGCGCAGGGCGCUUUCCGCGAGGCCUUCCCCAAGGCUGCACCCGUCGUCCUCGAGCCCAUCAUGAAGGUCGAGAUCAUCGCGCCUGCCGAGUUCCAGGGCAAUGUCAUCGGCGGAAUCAACCAGCGCAUGGGCAGCAUCGUCGACACCGAGGUUCGCGAUGAGGAAUUCACCGUCAUCUGCGAGGUCCCGCUCAACGCCAUGUUCGGCUACGCCAGCCAGUUGCGAGGAAUGACACAGGGCAAGGGAGAGUUCUCGAUGGAGUAUCUCCGCCACGCAGCCGUCCAGCCCGGCGUCCAGAAGGAGAUGGAGGCCGCUCACCGCGCUUUCAUUGGCCGCAAGUCAUAG